AUGGACGCCUUCCAGGAGGUGUUUCAGAAGGUGGAGAAGAUCGGGGAGGGCACCUACGGCGUGGUGUACAAGGCUCGCAACAAGCGGACGGGGCAGCUGGUGGCCCUCAAGAAGAUCCGCUUGGACUCGGAGACCGAGGGCGUCCCCAGCACCGCGAUCCGAGAAAUCUCACUGCUGAAGGAGCUGAAGCACCCCAACAUAGUCAGGCUCCUGGAUGUCGUACACAGCCAGAAGAAGCUCUAUCUGGUGUUUGAGUAUCUGAAUCAGGACCUGAAGAAAUACAUGGACUCAUCCCGAACUGGAGAGCUUCCUUUAAGCUUGGUCAAGAACUACCUUUUCCAGCUGCUGCAGGGUGUGAGCUUCUGCCACUCGCACAGAGUCAUCCACAGGGACUUGAAGCCGCAGAACUUGCUCAUUAACGAAGCAGGAGCAAUCAAGCUGGCCGAUUUUGGACUGGCAAGAGCUUUCGGAGUCCCCCUGCGCACAUACACUCACGAGGUGGUGACUCUGUGGUACCGAGCCCCCGAAAUACUGCUGGGAUGCAAAUACUACUCAACCGCUGUGGAUAUCUGGAGCAUCGGCUGCAUCUUUGCAGAAAUGGUGACCAGAAAGGCCCUGUUUCCAGGGGACUCCGAGAUCGAUCAGCUCUUCCGGAUCUUUCGCACCCUGGGCACUCCCACCGAGGCGACCUGGCCCGGGGUGACCCAGCUGCCUGACUACAAGAGGGACUUUCCCCAGUGGGCAAGGAAGGAGAUGAAGGAAAUUGUUCCCAACUUAGAUCGAGAUGGAAGAGACUUACUGGUGCAAUUGCUCCUGUACGAUCCCAGCAGCCGCAUCUCAGCCAAGGCAGCCCUCAGUCACCAGUACUUCUUCUGGAGGAGCCCGCGGAGCCCUGAAGAGCGCCGUGCGCUGCAGAGACGCUGCAGAUGAGAAGACACAGCUCUCCCCAUGCACUUGCACCUCCGGGUAGCGGUGCAGAUCUGGUGUCGGGCACUUCGCAGGGGGCUGCCAGGGUCUCAUUUCUCCCGAGGAGCCUGGAGGGGAAGUUCUUGCGUUUAGAGACUCUCAGCCUGUUGCUGAGGGAAGGUUUGUCGAGGUUACAGCCAGCAGAGCUGUUUUGAAGAGGUCCUGUGCAAAAGGGUGAGGGUAUUUAUCAGCAUAAACCACUGAAAGGUAGGUGAGGGAGCAUCUUUCCGAGGUCUGUCCUUGCAUUGGUCAGCCAGCUAAGGUGGCACACGGUGAUUUCUGUCUCUCCAGCACUGGAGCAUCC